AUGCUCGUUGUUGCCAAGACAGCACGAUUCCAGAUCGAUAUUCGCUCACCCAGCGACCCAGCGUCUCUUGGUCCGGCCAAAGCACAGCCAGGGGGUGCUAAGGGAUUCGAUUUCCUGAUGCGGCUUGUCAACAUGGACACUGGGACCGGUGGAUCGAGCGUGCAUCAGAUAUACAACUUUCCAAGGGGGAUAAGCAUUUCCAAAACGUUAUCUCGAUGGCCAAGUGACUUCGAAAACCAACGCCAUAACGAAGAUGACAUAAAGGUAUAUCAGGACAUUCACGAGGAUGAGAUGGGUGGAGUGGAGGAGGACAUUGAUGGGUAUGGAAUCGCAGGCAAGUUAUGGGAGGCAGCCAUCGAUUUAGGGACCUACAUGCGACCCUCGUCCAAGGUUGAAAUGGAUCCGCCAUGCUCUUUCACUUCACGGAAUGAGAAGAGCUCGAGGACUGUGUUGGAGCUUGGUGCGGGUACUGGCGCAGCUGGCUUAUUUGCUGCUGCGAACAUGGACUCGGAAACGGGGGAUCUUGUCAUCCUCACUGAUCUCGAGGAAGUUGUGCCUCUAUUGAAAAAGAACAUGCAGUUCGAUUUGGAUCGACGAAAGACAAAGGGACUGAAAAGGGCUGAGGUAUGGGCGAGGGCGGUUCCAUGGGGCGACAAGGCUAGCUGGGAGGGGCUGCGUGAUGAGUUGGGUGUGUCUUUGGUAGGGCCAGAAGGUGGAAGGGAAGUGACGCAUAUACUUUGCAGCGACGUGGUUUAUUUUCCGGCGUUGCUUGCACCUUUACUUCGGACACUGAUAUGGAUCACCGAAGACUUUAAGGGUGCUGAAAUACUUAUCUCGUGCCGUAUACGGGAGAUGGCAAAAGAGGCACCAUUCUGGCACGCAUUUGGAGCAUGGUUCGCGUUCGAACCCGUUAUCUGGCGAAGCACGGAUUCUAAUAUCGGGGACGGUGUAUGGAAAAGAUUUGGUGCCCAAGAUGAGACCCGAAUAUUUGUUGGGCAUCGGAGAGCCGAAACGUUGGGGAGGAAUAACAAAAUUGGGAACAUGAGUGACAUAGAUCUAUUGACAACCUGGAGGCAUGAGAGUUUUGAGAUGAUAUUGCUGAUGGAGAUGGAAGCGGAUUAG